ACUCAAAGCAGAGUUGUGCUGUGUUUCGUUUCCUAAUACGAGUAAAUCCAUCUGAUAUUGUUGAAUUGGAUGCUGUCCUUGGAAACUAUGUUAUGCAUGAACCUGUGAAAGCCACACGAAUAUUUAAGUCAGUAUGUUUUACAGCAGUUCAGACACUGUCACUAAUUCAGCAACUGCAGACUGAAGAUCAGAUAAAUAUAGUGCUGAAAUUAACACAUUUACCUUCCCUGCCUAGUUAUGUUCUCAGCCUUUGCAAAUUUCCAUUUGACUAUACUACUCAAAGAUUUUAUAUGUUAGAGGGAAUAGUGGUUGCAAUGACUACUGUGACAAAGUAUACACAAGGAGCAAGAUUUGUUUGUUCUGAUGAAGCAUGUCAGCUUUCUGAAGGGUUUCAGUAUAUAAGAGUGCACACUCCCGGGGCUACAGAAUCUGCAACACUAAGAAAUGAUUUUGUUUGUAGUUUAUGUACCUCGCCACUGAGAGAAGACAUGAAAUGUCGAGUACUUGGUGAUAAACAAGUGGCUGAACUGAUUGACAGUAAAGCAACUUCUGCUUUCCAAGGAUUUUCCACCAGAAAAAGACACUUAAGAUUUCAAUCUUUCACAGUGUUUCUAAGAGAUGAACUGUGCAAUAAAAUGAAAAUAGGGAACAUAUACAAAGUUAUAGGAAUUCCAGUCUGUAUGCAGAACUCUUCACAAGUAGCACUUUGCUUAGAAGCCAACAGAGUAGAUUAUCCUACCAUAAUAGGUUCUUGUUGCAUCAGUGAAAAAUUUAAGCAUCUGAUUUCUUUGACUUCAAACUCAUAUUGGAGAUUCACAGCUGUUCUAGCCAAUACUUUUGCUUCACAAGUUGUCCCAGCAGGCAUUUACAACCAUCUCAAACUGGCUAUAUUGCUGAGUCUAGUACAGACAACUGACAGAGACGAUGCAACAGGUUAUGUGGAUCUUUUGGCCAUGACAAAUGAGUCUUUAAUAUUAGAAAGACUUAUGAAUUACAGCAUUUGUCUUGUGCCCCGGGGAAUUAGACACAUUUCAUCUAGUGGUAUUUUCCCUACCGUAUCAAAAGAUAAACAUGGAACUGGAACUGCUAGCAUUCAGGCAAAUAGUGCUUUACUGGCCAAAGGUGGAAUAUGCUUCAUUGGAGAACUAUCUUCUCAUAAGAAGGAUAAACUCGAACAGUUGCAGUCAGUGCUAGAGAACAGAACAACUACCAUAUACAUCUCUGGGAAAAAGUAUGGUGAAGAAACUGAUCAGCAAGUUACUCUUCCUAUUCAUACCAGUUUUUGGUCAUUCAUUGAUGUGGAUUUUUCUUCUUCCAAAAAGCAUGUUCAAAAGGAUACUCUUCUAAUUGGCCAAAUGGACUUGAACUCUAUUUCAGCUAAUCUUGUUGAUGCUUUUGGACUUUUGAUACACUGCAAUGAAGCACCAUUUUGCAAUCCAGUUCUCCCUAUUGCAAAUUUCAUUUUUAAAAAAGCUAUUCAACCAGAAGAAGAUUAUAACAUGCUCCAACAGUUUACAACACAAGAUUAUGAGGAGUUCCUUGCUUUUUCAAGGAACUUGCAUGUGGAACUCUCUCCAGAAGCAGAAAAUAUGAUUCACGGCUACUAUUUAGCAAGUCGCAGAGUCAGAGCAUUUCCCAUUAUUGGAUCAAACCUCUCACCAACAGCACUGAGUAUCUUGAUUUCACUGUCAGAAGCACAUGCUAAACUGAGUUUAAGAACAAAAGUACUUGAAGAAGAUGUUUUGAUUGCUGUGCUAUUAUUUGAAUCAUCUCUUACUUUAAAACAAGGUGCUUCAGUAUUUUAUGUGUCUCCAAACCCUGUUUUUCCAUUUGAAUUUAACAGUGAGGAUUCUCUGAAUCAAAGAGAUGUUUACUUGAAGCAGUGUCAUCUACAACUGAUGCAGUUCAUUGCAACAUAUGGGCCUGCUACAAAUGUUUUCAGUAAUGAAGAUUAA